GUUGCUGCUAUCAUUGUUGUGAGGCUGUCUCUUAAUUUCUACAUUGUGAGUUCGUGUAGUCGAGUUUCAAGGUGCUUUGAAUUAUUCUAGCCAAAAGUACUGCACAGGGUACAAUGGUUCUCAAGGGUUCUUCCAAGACCAACCUUGGUGGCAAACUUUACAUGAAGACCAAGCAGUUUCUCAAAGGACUUAAAGCAAAUAAAAAAUCUCGAGGAAAGUCUUCAAGGAACUUAUCAGAUGGAGAGUCUUGUUGUACAUCGACUGGGUUCAUGCAGAAUAUUGAUGGAGAACUGGGAUCCUAUCCUCAAAUGUAUGACCGUGGAGAUGUGGGUAACACCAGCUUUAGGCACUGGGUUCAUAACUCUGAUCCAAAUCUCUCUUAUGGUGAGGAUACAAUGGAUACGUCAGAGGUCGUGCUAGUUGAUGAUAUGACUUCUCAACCUCAGUCUUACGAAAGCCAAGAUUGGCUUCUAACAUUUGAAAGCAGAUAUGAUAAGUUUGAAGCUGCUACUUCCAUAGAUUAUGAUCAAAUGAUAGAAGAAAGUGCAGAAGAUGGUAUUGUGAAAAAUGAUCCAUUAGCAAUCAAUAUACCUUAUCUUGAUUGCAGAAGACCACCAGAAACGGAUUCUUAUCAAAUGACCGUGAACAAUGAGGUUAAGGAGGAGAGAAGAUUCUGGUUCUGGAAAAGUUUCUCGUUCAUGGAUGCGUUCAGUGCAUGGCGGAAUGGCUAGAAGUGAUUUUGUCAAAAAUUGACAGGAGCUGGAAAGCAUUUCUAGAACUUGAUAGUUAAAUACUAUCGUUAUCACCGGAAAGCGCAUGGUGAAUUUUUUCACAUUACUUUUUAACUGGAGUUUUAUCUUCCUAGAGAGCAAGGUGAUGAGCUUCCUACAUAGGUUUUUACAUCUAUAGUCUGCGAAGAAUAUACGGAUCAGGUAUCUCUUUAAUUUUUAAACAUGAUUUGUAGGUAUAAUAGGAAGUACAUUGUAAGCAUUCGAGAUGAAGCUAGAGGGAUUUCAGGUACAAUGCCAUGAGCACUCGAACACAUAGUCUACAUUUACAAUGCAAGACUCUUUGUUCAAGAGUUAUAAUUAUAAUCAGCAAGUGCUGGACUCGUUCUAUCACAAUUCACCUAUUGAAAUAUGCUGAGUCUUCACCUGGUGAAGAGUUUAGCUUGAGCUGAUCCUUGACUUUUCAGAGACAGAUGC